AUGUAUUCUACCUCUUCCACAAAUCUGCCCUCCCUCAUGCCAGACUAUAUGAACCAGCCAGCACCCAAUGUUACAGGCCAUACUUAUCUCGCCAUCUCCUCUCUAUAUGAACCACUACAUCCAUAUCAAAGCGUUUCACCUGCUCCAGAGGACCAAGUGCGAAUUGUAAAUUCGCGACCGAAACCACAGUGCUGGGAUCAUGGAUGUAACGGCCGCGAAUUCUCGACGUUUAGCAAUCUACUACGCCACCAACGUGAAAAAGCAGGCACUGCUACGAAAUCGGAGUGUCCUCAUUGUGGAACUGUUUUCACUCGGACAACCGCACGAAAUGGACAUCUUGCACAGGGCAAAUGCAAAGCGAAGCGCGAAGAGCAAUAG